AUGGGGAAGAAAAACAAGAGUAGAAAUUUUUCAACAAAGAAAAACUAAUUCAAAUAGAUCAGCAGAACCAAGACAGCAGCUGUUUUUGAUGAAAAAGAAAGGAAGGAGUACUUGACUGGUAUGUUUGGAGCUAAAUAAAAACGAAAAGAGGAAUAUAUCAAAUUACGAAAUGAGAAACACAAGAAAUUCAAUAAAGAAUAGAAAGCAUAAAUCAGAGAAGUUAUAUUGAAAAAUACAUUUUUAGGAAAAAAAGAAAUAAAUUGAGAGAUUGCAAAAUCUUAUUGACUUUAAUAAUUCAUUAAGUAAAACUUAAAAAACAGAAAGUAUUAAAACAUCAAACAACAAAGAGGUCGAAGUAACAACUACUUUUUUUUAAUGA